AUGUCUUGUCCCACCCUGCGUGUUCUGGUUCAAGCACCUAAGCAGAGAUCAGAUUCCCAGAAAGGUACAAUCGAUACUGAAGGAAGGUACUUCGUCAGUCAUCCAUCCCCUUAUUUCGAAGUUGUGUCUAUAUCUACCCCCGACCAGGAACAUGGGGAUAUGUAUCGUACCACUAUUGUCCUGCAAGGAAACAAUACAUGUACGACACCGGGUGUCUCUGUCCUGCAAUCUGCACAUCAUGUGAUCACUGUAAUCCUGUUCGGGCUCUCCUUGACAGCAGCUGCAUCACACGGUCGGCGAAGUUCUUACUUUGUAACUAGUCUUGUCUUGUCCGUCUCCAAUCAGAAGUGGUGGGAAGAGGACUGGUGGUGGGGCAUGGCCAGUUCAACACGGAUAACACUCGGACCGCCGUCCAUCCCUCCCCCCUGGCUCGCUCCAAGGAGGAACAUACCCAAAUCACAAGAUGGGUUUGUCCGUCGUCAUCAUGCUGCCAGUGGCUUGGAUCAGCAUGUCAACCAUCAUCCAUCAUCCAGCCUCUGGAAUUGGGGAAACAUUGGGAUAGAAAAGGAUCUUCCCAGUGGCGUACUCGUUAAGGGUCCCCCUACGGCGUUAUAUUCGGCCGACAUCGGAUGGGGAUCUAAGUUGAAGUUGACUUCGACGCUCAACCCAAGUCAACAACUUCUACGCCACUCUGGGGUCCUUGGUCUUCUUAUCCAGUUUUGGCCUGUAGACGAUUCUAACCAGGUUAAUCAAGCAGGUCUUCCGAAUGAUGGAUUCGGGAGGCCCCCAAUUAGGCAGAUACUGAGUACUACUACUAAGUCUACAAUUUCUUUCCAUCUCUAUAAGCUAACCGCAGCUCCUGCAUGCAACUUUCGUCACCUGAACGAAAGGAGGCCAAGACCGUAUAAGCAAAACCUAACCUACCGAUACACAGGCCGAAGGCCAACGUUGUAUGGCUUGCUAGAAAAGUCGGAGCGGAACCUCGAGGCAGCGACAAUGUUCACUUCCACCUUUACGCAGCGAUAUGAGCCAUCUAUAAACAUCGUAGCUCACCGGCUUGGAGACAUCGGCCCCGUCAUCACUGCAAGUGUUGGUGUAGUGGCUGAGAGUGGGACAACACCUGGCCCUUAG